UAACACAGCCGAUUACUUUUAUAAGUUUUGCGCACAUUAACUCGUUACUUAUCCGGAAAUGCUUGUGAUAUACGAUUGAAAAAAUAAAAGAAAAAAAGUUUUUGUAUCAUCUGAUGCAUUCGUUGCAUUCCGAAGUUGUUACGUCGACCGUAUUUAAGACGUUACCAUGGCGACAGUGACGGCCAGCCUGGAGACUCAGAGCCUGGUGCAGGAGUCACGGCACAGCUUCCAAGAAAUGCACGUGACUGAGACGAGACAGGUCAAGAAGAAGACCAAGUCCAAACGACAUAAGGAAGAAGGGUCUAUAUCAGUGUCGAAAAGCUCAGAGAAGCUACAUAAAAAGCUAAAAGCAAGCAACGGGGAAUCCAACCCACAAUGUGAGAAAUGUGCGCGACCAGUGUACGCUAUGGAGCGUGUGAAGGCUGAGAGACGUGCCUGGCACAAGGAGUGCUUCAGAUGCGUACAAUGCAACAAACAGCUCACAGUUGAGACAUAUCAAAGCGACCACACGACGCUGUACUGCAAGCCUCACUUCAAGCAACUCUUUGAGCCGAAACCAGUUGAUGAUGAAGAUGAAAUCGACGCCGCACCGAAGAAACAUCAGAUGAUAAUUUGCGAAAGUAAUCCAGUGGAACUACCCCCUGAUGUUGUCAGAGCUUCAGACAAACCAGACUUAGGUCUAGAAGAAUUAGCGCAAUUGGACGUGAAGUCUAGAUUCGAGGUGUUCGAACGAGCAGCGCAAAAGACCCCCGAACCUCCUGUGUUGGAGCCCCGGGCGCCAAGAGAGAAGUCUUCAGCACUACUGUCUAAGAUUGCCAAGUUCAAAGCAAAAGGCAUGGAUAUCGGCAUAUCUGAUGAGUAUUUGAACGGUGUUGAAGUUGAACACAGCUCUAGUGAACAGGAAGACGACGAUGACGAAGAUUCAGUACUAAAGAAGUCAUACAAACAGACGAGCAGUCGCGAGCAGCCGGUGUCGUUCUGCAACAUGAGCGAGAUAGUGGGCAGGUUCGAGUCCGGGCAGCACGCAGCCGCUGACAGACAUCGCGAGCGCAAGCAGGAGAUACAGAACAUCCGCACCAGGCUCUUCAUGGGCAAGCAGGCUAAGAUCAAGGAGAUGUACGAACAAUCAGUCCUGCAGAGUGAACAGAGUCAGACAUCAGCAGAGAAGAUCUGCCGCGAGCUGGAGCUGGACGCGGAGAAAGCGCGUCAGAUCAAACAGCGCUUUGAAAAUGGCGCUUUCAAUGAUGAAAAUCAACCUCCCAAAAACAGGGAUAUUGAUGAUAAAGCGUUGUUUAAUGAAGGUAUAGCAAAGAAAUCUAGAUCCAUCUUCCUGGAGCUGGACGCAAAUGCCAAGAAUUUACCUGUCUCCCCUCCAGCACAGGAUGCACCCAAGAGAAAGGAGAUUCCGUUCGUACCAAAAGACGUGGUACGUGCUGCGGACCGAGUUGAAGAUGUGAAGAUCGAGACCGCGGACAUCUCGGACCGGUUCCGUUUCUUCGAGACUUACAGACCGGAGACCGAGCGCAAGGAGUUCCGCAUCACUCCGCCCAGACAUACACAGCGUUGCAAGUCUCCCUCCCCCGAGGUGUACCAGGAACCGAGCGUGGUGCGAGCUGGUGCUGGUGGUGCUGGAGACGCGGCGCUCGCUGCUGACAGGCACACCGCCUCUCGCAUGAUCAACGUCUUCCGUCAGAUGGAGGAGCAGCAGCACAGGCAUGAGGAUCAUCAAGGUCCUAAACCACUGAAGCGGUUCACUCCCCCUCCCCCCGGGGAGGAGGGUCAUCAGGGAGAUUCCUCAGAAUGCAGCAGCGAGGAGGAGGAGGACAGCGAGGAGGAGCGCAUGCGGGAGUACCUGCAGGCGCGGGAGAGGGACGAAGCAUUGAAACAGGCUCAACAGUUAGCGCGUACGAAGAGUUUCCGCGAACGCUUCGAGAAAUGGUCGGAGUCUGAGCCAACUCGCUCUCCCUCCACAGUGUUCAUAGAGCGCGAACAUAACGAAGAAGACGGCGAAUCGCAACUAGAAACUGCAAGGAGUUUGCGCGAGAAGUUUGAGAAGAUGAAAGUGCAGCAAAGUGUCGUCACCAAGACAACGACUCCCAAAGUCAACCGUUUUGUGUGAGGUCCCCCAGCGCUGCGCCAACUUCAUUUACCAAAGUGUUUUAUAAUCUUGUCAACGACGCUUGCCCUCUCAAUAUGCGGGUAGUCGCAAAAUUGUCAAAAAUAAAUAUUUUAUUGAUUUUAAGUUUAAUUAAUACAUAUUAAAAUGCUAUAGUAAGCUGAUUUA